AUGGCUGAACAGAAACUUCACUUCGUGCUGGUUCCGUUUGUGGCACAGGGUCACAUUAUUCCCACGCUGGACCUCGCCCGGCUUCUGGCCGAUCGCGGCGUACUGGUCACCCUCGCCACCACGCCCGUCAACCUCUCGCGGAACCAGGCCUUUGUCAGUCGGGUGAAGAAAUCCGGCCUACCAUCCGUUUCCUUACUUUACCGUUCCCGUGCGAAGAGGUCGGCCUGCCUGCGGGGUGCGAAAACAUGGACCUACUUCCACAAGGCGAGGAGGAAUUGGCGAAACUCUUUACCGCGAUGGGGCUGAUGCGGAAGCCCUGCUGCUUCACCUCCGGCGGACCUCGCCCCCGCCCUGCUGCAUCAUCGCGGACUUUUGCAACCCCUGGUUGCGCCACGUGGCUCGCGAGCUCGGGGUUCCCCGGUUCGACUUCUACAGCAUUCCCUGCUUCUACCUGCUUUGCGAGCACAACCUGAUGCAUCACAAGGUGUACGAAGGCGUGGGUGGCGACGAUGUGCCCGUCGUCGUGCCGGACUUACCCGUCCGAAUCGAGGUCACCAUGGCCCAGGCGCCAGGGAUCUUUCCUCCGCCGGGUUGGAAAUGGAUGAGAGACGAGGUAAGUGAGGCCGGGUCGUCGUCCCACGGCACACUGGUCAACACCUUCGCAUCUCUUGAACCCGGUUACAUAAGUUUCUACGAGAAGGUUAAAGGGAAGAAAGUGUGGGCCGUGGGACCCGCGUCUCUGUGCAACAAGCUCGCUACUGAUGCGGCAAACAGGGGCGAUAAGCCCGUCAUUAACGAGGAGAAGUGCCUCACUUGGCUCGACUCCAUGGAGCUGGGAUCUGUGCUCUACAUUAGUUUUGGAACCCUCGUCAGAUAUCCUUUGGCUCAGCUGGUGGAGCUCGGGCUGGGACUGGAGGCCUCGGGGCGCCCGAUUAUAUGGGUGAUCAAAGCCCGGGAGCUGCAGUCGGCCGUGGAAGAGUGGCUCGCCGAAGGGUUCGAGGAGAGGACGAGGGAUCGGAUUCUCAUCAUCAGGGGUUGGGCACCUCAGGUGACGAUUCUGUCUCAUCCCUCCAUCGGGGGAUUCCUGACGCACUGCGGGUGGAACUCCUCCUUGGAGGGAAUCACGGCCGGAGUCCCCAUGCUUACAUGGCCCGGGUUUGCAGACCAGUUUCUCAACGAACGCUUCUUGGUGGAUGUAUUGAGGGUGGGAGUCCCGUGCGGAAUGAAGAGGCCUUUCUGGGACGAAACGGUAAUCAGGGGGGACGUGAAAGUCAAGAGAGAGGAUAUCAAGAAAGUAGUGGAGAGGUUAAUGGACGACGGCAUCGAAGCACACGAGUUGAGGAACAGAGCAACAGAGCUGAAGAAGAUGGCGAGGAGUGCAAUAGAUGUUGGGGGAUCUUCCGAAGAAAGCCUGACGCAAUUGAUUAACGAAGUGAGCCUUCUCGCAAAGAAGCAGACGAUCUCUGCUACGGAAAUUCAACAAGAGAAGGAUUAG